AAACACCCUCAUUUCUCUCAAGCCAUCCCCUCUCCUCCCUCCCUCCCUUAGCCAAGUCUUCAUCAUGAGGUCUCUUUAAUCUUAUUAGCAAACUACCCCAAGCUUCUGUCUUUCUUUUUAAACACCACUUGUCUUGUUUGAGCAAAAAAAAUGCAAGGAAAAACCAUCUAUAACCAGCUUCCUCCUGGUUUUAGGUUCCACCCUACCGAUGAGGAAUUGAUCGUGUACUACCUUCGUAACCAAGCCACUUCCAGGCCAUGCCCUGCAUCUAUUAUCCCAGAAGUUGAUAUUUACAAAUUUGAUCCCUGGCAAUUACCUGAGAAGGCAGAAUUUGGAGAAAAUGAGUGGUACUUCUUUACCCCUCGUGACCGCAAGUACCCAAAUGGAGUGAGGCCUAACAGAGCAACCGUGUCGGGGUAUUGGAAGGCCACGGGCACAGACAAGGCCAUCCACAGCGGAUCUAAAUAUGUUGGUGUCAAGAAAGCUCUUGUUUUUUACAAGGGCAGGCCACCAAAGGGUGCCAAGACAGAUUGGAUUAUGCAUGAGUAUCGCUUAAAUGAUCCAAGAAAACAAGCCAACAAGCAAAAUGGAUCCAUGAGAUUGGAUGACUGGGUCCUAUGUAGAAUUUACAAAAAGAGGCACACGAUAGGACAUUUAGAGGAGAAAACAGAAAAUACAGUAGAUGCCCAUUUGGACGUCACCCCAGCUAAUGAUGUUAGUGAACAACAAAUGAUGAAAUUUCCAAGAACAUGUUCUCUUUCUCAUCUGUUAGAAUUGGAGUACCUGGGUUCAAUUUCCCAACUCUUGAGUGGUGACACAUACAAUUCAAAUCUUGAUCUCCAAAACCUCAUGAGCAAUGCUGGAACUGACCACGUUGAAAAAAUCCAGCUAGGACAGAUGUCUCUCCAACACACAGAUCGUGGGAAGUUUCAGGGGAACCUGCAGGGCAGUACCUUAAACCAGCCACUAUUUAUGAACCAUUCCAGUGACUUGCAUGGUUUUGAGUCUUUUGACCAUUGAAUCAAGAAAAUUUGGGUUUAUCAUCAUAUUGAAGACAACACAGUGGUUAACAUCCAAUUAAAAAUGUACAAAUUGUUUGUUAGGACAUAUAUACAUUUAUCUUGCGCAGUUGUCAACUGUGAACCAGACACUUGCAGUUUCUUUAAUGUGGCACCUACUAGGCAUCUAAAAAAUAUAUAUUAUUUUCACACU